GGUUGCUCAGAGCCCUUUGCUCCUGUUAAAGAGGAAUUCAGAUUUACCAUGGCAUUCGGUGGAAUCCUGAGUGAGGCUGACAUCUCUGCUGCCCUGCAGAACUGCCAAGCCCCUGACUCCUUCAACUUCAAAACUUUCUUUGCCCAGUCUGGCCUGAGCAGCAGGUCUGCAGAUGAUGUGAAGAAUGUCUUUGGCAUCCUGGACCAGGACAGGAGUGGCUUCAUUGAGGAAGAUGAACUGAAACUGUUCCUCCAGAACUUCAGCGCAGGUGCCAGGGCUUUAACUGAUGCUGAGACCAAGGCCUUCCUGGCAGCUGGAGACUCUGAUGGUGAUGGCAAAAUUGGAGUUGAAGAAUUCCAGGCUCUAGUCAGACCUUGAAAAUGAAGACCACAAACUUUCAUGAAAGAUGAAGUUGCAGGAAUUUUGGCUUUUCUUAGUUAAAUUGAAAGAAGUGGAACCUGGUUGGGCAGAAUGCAGAAACCUAUGGACAAGCAAAGGAAGGGCUUUGUGCUGCAUAGAAGAAACGUUGUCGGGAAACCAGCAAUUUAUCUAAGAGUUGCCUAAUUAACAGUAUUUAUUUAACAUGUUAUAUACCACUGGUCUCUGAUCAUAUCAGCAUGACUUUUGUAAAUUAGCAUGUGAUUCUUCUUUCAGACUGAGGCAGCACCAUAAAAAACUCAAAGCUGUCAAUAAAAACAAUUUUUUUAA